ACCGAGAACUGCUGUGCUGACCCCACAUUGUUAGCGUCUCCCGCCUCAGUCGCUGCCAUCAUGUCCCGCCCGGCGUCGCAGGCCCGGCCCGCCACGGUGCUGGGCGCUAUGUUGAUGGGGAGCAGCAUGGACGCGUCGGCCAGCGCCGCGGCCGUGCGCGCCUUUGUGGACCGCGGCCACACCGAGAUUGACACGGCCUUCGUGUACACCGACGGCCAGUCCGAGACCCUCCUGGGCGGCAUGGGGCUCGGGCUGGGUCGCAGUGGCUGCAAAGUGAAAAUUGCCACCAAGGCCAACCCAUUGGCUGGGAACUCCUUGAAGCCUGACAGUCUCCGGUUCCAACUGGAGACAUCAUUGAAACGACUGCAGUGUCCCCGAGUGGACCUCUUCUACUUACACAUGCCUGACCAUGACACGUCUGUGGAAGAGACUCUACGUGCCUGCAACCAGCUACACCAGGAGGGCAAGUUUGUGGAGCUUGGCCUCUCCAACUAUUCCUCUUGGGAGGUGGCUGAGAUCUGCACCCUCUGCAAGAACAACGGCUGGAUCAUGCCCACCGUGUACCAGGGCAUGUACAACGCCACCACCCGGCAGGUGGAAGCUGAGCUCUUCCCCUGCCUCAGGCACUUUGGAUUGCGGUUCUAUGCUUUCAACCCCUUGGCUGGAGGCCUGCUGACUGGCAGGUACAAGUAUGAGGACAAGGAUGGCAAACAGCCUGCAGGCCGCUUCUUUGGUUUCAGUUGGGCUGAGAUCUACAGAAAUCGGUACUGGAAGGAGGAUCACUUCAAGGCCAUUGCCCUUGUGGAGAAGGCCUUGCAGGCCAGCUAUGGCAGCAGUGCUCCCAGCAUGACGUCGGCUGCCCUGAGGUGGAUGUACCACCACUCCCAGCUCCAGACUGCCCUUGGGGACGCGGUCAUCCUGGGCAUGUCCAGCUUGAAGCAGCUGGAGGAGAACUUGGAUGCAACUGAGGAAGGGCCCCU